AAUUCUGAAACGUACCCUUAAGGAGUCUACCGUUACUCCUGAAGGUCCAAGGACCUUAUGCUAUUUUCAGAGGUAGAUUGGCUAUGACAGCCAAAUACUACCAUCUAAACGUGAAUCGAUUUAAAUUGUUACGUGAUAUGGUUCUAGAAACAAAAAACCCUCUACUUUCAUAUCACAUCAAAAAUAAUUUCAUAAAUGCAAAAAUGUUAACUUACUGUACACUGUUUUAACCGGCUUUAUCACAGUUGCAGCAAACAGUAUAUUUCAGGUUCAACACGAUUCUGCCGGCCUUCUUCGUUUACACACAGGUAUGCUAGAUAGAUAAUUAGCGCAAUUGGUCCCUCUGUCUUCCGUAAACAUGCGCUGUAACGAGAUAUGGCCGUGUGGGAAGCAUAAUUAUCCCUAUAAAGGUGUGUCUCAAUGAAACCUUUUUUAUUAUUAUUAUUUCUCACUAAUAUGAAAGAAGGUCCUUAUGUUUCCAAAACCGUACCGCAAGCGAUGCGUGUUAAUGUUCAGAUUGAGCAUAGGGGCUCUUAACAAAACUCUGUACAGAAGACACCUUCAUCCAAUGACUCUUAUGUGUAAUGUACUAAAAGUUAAAUUAAUGAAGGUUAAAUCAAUAAAAAAUAAUGGAACAGAGUCAUGAUCAAGGGCUAGGCCGUGUAGACUUGACAGUUAAUGCUGUUUUUGUAUUCUGAUCAUGGAAAUCCGAACACAUCAUGCGUCUACACCUACAUUUAAAUGUGUCCCAAUUCCCUUUUCCUGCGCUAUAUUCAAAUGCCAGUAUGCAUUCUGCAAACGGUGGAAUAAGCUAAAUAUGAUAACACGACAACAACUUGAUGGCAGUAGUUAACUACUGUAGCUUACUAGCCAGCUAACCUCUGUAGCUAGCCAGCAAGCAAAGUUAAAGGGAUUGCAAAUAACUCUAGCCAAAAAAAGGGCAUUAUUUUUCAAAAUAAUGCGACCAAGCGUUAACUUCCUGACUGAUGUUGCUUCAAUAUAUCCACAUAAUUUUCCAUCCUCAUGAAGCCAUCUAUUUUGUGAAGUGCACCAGUCCCUCCUGCAGCAAAGCACCCCCACAACACAAUGCUGCCACUCCCGUGCUUCACUAUUGAGAUGGUGUUCUUCGGCUUGCAAGCCUCCCAAUUUUUCCUCCAAACAGUUCUAUUUUUGUUUCAUCAGAUCAGAGGACAUUUCUCCAAAAAGUACAAUCUUUCUCCAUAUGUGGAGUUGUUAACCAUAGUCUGUUUUUUUUUAUGGCGGUUUUGGAGCAAUAGCUUUUUCCUUGCUGAGCGGCCUUUCAGGUUAUGUCGAUAUAGGACUUGUUUUACUGUAGAUAUAGCACCUGUUUCCUCCAGCACCUUCACAAGGUCCUUUGCUGCUGUUCUGGGAUUGAUUUGCACUUUUCACACCAAAGUAUGUUAAUCUCUAGGAGACAGAACGCAUCUCCUUCCUGAGCGGUAUGACGGCUGCGUGGUCCCAUGGAGUUUAUACUUGCGCACUGUUGUUUGUAUAGAUAAAUGUGGUACCUUCAGGCAUUUGGAAAUUGCUCCCAAGGAUGAACCAGAUUUGUGGAGGUCUACAAUUAUUUUUCUGAGGUCUUGGUUUCUUUUGAUUUUCCCAUGAUGUCAAACAACGAGGCACUGAGUUUGAAGGUAACUCUUCAGCUGUUUCAAGGUGAGCAUCCAGAAGACCUCAACAAAAUUAAGAUCCAUCUUGACAGAUUCUCAUCCUGUGGUCUUUCACAGAAUAAUGAUGCACAGAUGCAUGAGUUGGAAGAGAACUUCCUCAAGCUCACCAAAAACCUUCUUGAAGACCCAGUCGAGAGGAUCCAAUUCUUCAAGGCAGAUUUCCCUGUGGUGUAUGGCUGUGAUUUUGACAGAGCUUUGCAAGCACUUGUUUCUCAGUUCCUCUCCAGACUAGAAGAUCUGCUACCAGUGCCAGACCUUAAGCAGACUGCAUCCUGGCUCAGCGCUGUACCCUCUGCCUCGGAUGAGUGUCUGCAGUCUCUUUCUCACACAGAGGACCUGCAAUACCUGCUUCAGCACCACACAUGCUGUGGAAAGUUAGACAAACCAUUUCCCUCCUCGGCAGAAGACUGCAUCCUCGCUUCACUGUCCCUCCCUACCACAGUGGGAGUGGCAUAUACCUUUGACAGCAAAUUAGAUGUCUUGCCUAACUUGGAAGGCUCUACCCAUGUAAGCAGAGAGAUGGAAACUUUGUCAGACAGCAGAGAUUAUCAACAGGCAGAAUCAAGAGCACGUUUAGAUGGAAACCAGAACAUUAAAGAAGACCGAGUGUCUACCAUGGGUAGCGAUGAUGAUGAAUGCACAGACAGAGGUGUGGAAGAGGAGAAUGAAAACACAAGUGUUGUGGGAAGGGUUAUUUCCGAAGCAAAGGACCAGAGGAGAUGUGAAGGGGAUGUUGGGGACCUGUGCGCUGCUGGAGCACCAGACCUCGCAGCCAACUCUCCAAUGGUCACCUCCAGUGUGGCUCAAAAACCCUCCAUAUUUCCCGCCCAACUUACACUCAAAAUCAAAGGGGACCACAGAGUCAAUUCCUCCAAGAGAUCUAGAAAGAGCCCAGAAGGGAGGAUGGCUGAGUCCAGUGAAAACUCUGAUACACCUCUGCUUGAAUCCUCACAGGAAACGAUUGGUGCUGAAGAAUCAAGACCGUUUUCUCCAGACCAUGAUGACACAGAAGAGGAAAACAACGAACCUGCUUCAGGGGAGUCUUCUCGGCUGUCUAGCUGCGCUCAACCACCACCUAGUGACGUAUCGCCAUCCUCUGAGACCCUUUCAAAAGCAUUGUCCACUGCACGGCGUAUUGCCAACAAGUGCUCCCAGUGUGGAAGGUGUUUUAUCUAUCCAUCUCAACUGGUUCAGCAUCAGCGAAUUCACACUGGAGAUCGACCCUACAAAUGCACCCAGUGCGGAAAGACUUUCAGUAAUUCAACUGGGCUUUCAAAACACCACCAAAAACACUGUCUAGACGCGACCUUCGAUUGCCCCAAGUGCGGAGAGAGUUUCAGAUCUCUCCGCGAGCGGUUCAAACACUUAUCUACUCACAAGUCCCUCAAAUGUCUGUUGUGUGGAAAGAGUUGCCAGACGACUUCUGAUUUGCGAAAGCACCAGCAAACACAUAGUGUGACGCCGUCGUUCAACUGCUCUCUUUGUGAAAAACGUUUCAAGUUCCUGUCAAGCCUAACCAGGCACAACAGGACCCAUUCAGUGGAGGGGGGGUAUGCUUGUUCCAAGUGUGGGAAAACAUUUGGAUCUUUAAGUGAACGGCUCCAACAUAAGAGGACACAUAGGGCACAGCUCAACUGUACGGAUUGCGGACGGAGUUGCAGUUCCCGCUCCGAACUAAAGAGUCACCAGCAAACUCACUCUCGUGAACCUCUCUUCAACUGUCGACACUGUGAAGACAAAUUCUUUGGGUCAGUUGAGCUGAAGAUCCACCAAAAAACUCACGCAGUGGACAAACCCCAUCAGUGUGAUGCGUGUGGAAAGUGCUUUGGUGCCUUAGCCACACUUGUACUCCACCAACGGACACACACGGGGGAGAAACCCCACACAUGUCCUCGUUGUAAUAAGCAGUAUAUCUCCAAAAGUCAGCUGACGUCGCACAUGCGGACUCACACGGGCGAGCGUCCAUACAGCUGCUCUUACUGUGGGAAGUGUUUCUCUCAGUUGGCUAAUCUUACUGUGCACACAAGGAUUCACACGGGGGAGAGACCUCACAUCUGCUCUCGGUGCAAGAAAGGGUUUUGCUCAGUCGGUGACCUGCAGAAGCAUGAGCGCUCUCACACCAAAGAGAAACCUUACAGGUGCACAGUUUGUGGAAAGGCCUUCACAGUGUCAAGUCAUUUGACGGUUCACAUACGCAGUCACACAGGAGAGCGCCCCUACACCUGCCCUGAGUGUGGAAAGAGUUUUGCGCAGAGCUCUGUCUUAACUAAACAUCAAUUCACCCAUACAGGAGAGAGGCCAUACCCAUGCCAUCACUGUGUAAAAAGUUACACCCGUCUCACACACUUGAAGAGACACCUACAAACACACACUUGAGAGAGUCCGGUGUGUUUUCCUGUUUUGGUUUCUUUCUGAAAAGCGUUACCAUGGAUUGCUGUUCCACUGUCUGUCAGUGUGUUAUGCUGAAUAACAUCAAUAUAUAACUGAAAACCAUGCUCACCAUGCCUUUUUGUGAAACUGUAGUUUGUGUACAUUACUGCCAACAUGGAUGGAAAAUAAACAUUUCAAAAUAUAAAAUAACCUCUUUCAGGUUAUAGUAUGUGUCAUAUAAAUGAGCCAUUUUAUGAUACUUUCUAGCUUGGGCCUGCUUCUCUCUGGACGUUUGGGCCUGCUUCUCUCUGGACGUUUGGGCCUGCUUCUCUCUGGACGUUUGGCCUGCUUCUCUCUGGACGUUUGGGCCUGCUUCUCUCUGGACGUUUGGGCCUGCUUCUCUCUGGACGUUUGGGCCUGCUUCUCUCUGGACGUUUGUGGUUUGAGUCCGUUUAUUUUGAAUGUAACAAAUGUCAGCAUAAAAACCAAUACAAAAACUGAGGAGACAAUAUUUUAACUUUGAAAUACAACUGUAUUUUUUUUUUCUUCUUUGCAAAUGAAAGCUGUUACAGUAGGCUUAAUUUAUUAUAUUCUACCUUACCUAUUCUAUAUGUAAUAAGCAUUUGGCUUAAUUAAAAAUAAUACACAGAAACAGGUGUGUACGUAAAUGUAAAUAUUGUUUUUUAUUAAACCUUUAUUUAUUACCGUU